AAAUAUUAUUUGUAAUACCUACCGCAUUUUCUAUAGGUGGACAGUUGAAUAUAAUAUCAUCAGUAAUGGCUCAUUUACACUGGUUAAAUAAGUCUGCGUGCGGGUUAUCGGCGAAUACGAAGACUUCGGUGGCUCAGUCAUUAUUUCAUUAUCUUUAAUGAGAUGAGACCGAAGAACGCGUCCGUUCUUCUUUUUAAAAUCUGUCAAAAAUUGGGCACAGCUGUGACAAAAAUAUUUCUUUAUGCAAAGAGAAUGCGCGAAAGAAAAUUUAUUAUUUAUUUAGAUACGACAUGGAAAGUCCUAAGAGAAAAAUUAAAAUGUAAGUUAAUAUACUUCAUCAUCACCAUCAGCCGAACGACGCCCACUGCUGAGCAUAGGCACCCCCCACAGAUCUCCAAGACGAUCGGUCCUACGCUGUCCACAUCCAGCGGUUUCCCGCUACCUUUACAAUAUCGUCGAUCCAUCUGGUAGGAGGCCUACCCACUGACCACGUCUGGUACGUGAUCGCUAUUCGAGAACUCUUCCGCCCCAAACGCCAUCAGUCUUUCUAGCAGUAUGUCUCGCCCACUGCCACUUCUGCUGAGAAAUCGUUCGAGCAAUGUCAGUAAAUUUGGUUCUCUUACGGAUCUCUAUCCUAAUUCGAUCACGUAGAGAAAUACCAAGCAUUGCUUCCUCCAUUGCUCGCUGGGUGACCCUGAGCCUUUUUAUGAGAUAGUGAACGAUCACGUCCGUCAUUACUUGGAACAUUAGCAUUAUAUCAUCGGCAAAGCAAUGGUGUGUAAGAUACUCGCCAUUAAUGUUGAUAAUCGAAGGCUUUCUCGUAGUCCACGAACGCUAAGCAGAGCGAUCGGUUUGCUUUAGUGAACGCAUGUUUGUCGUACAAAUAUUAUUUGCUUUAGUAAUCUUCAAAUAAAAAUUAAACAUUGCCCAGCGGUGGGCGUCUCUCGGUUGAUAUGAUGAUGAUGAUUGCCAACACGGUUGA